UUCCACUCGAACACGUAGAAUCGUUGCUUGUACCUAGAACCCUGGAUCUCGUCAGCUAUUAAACAUGGAAGAAGAUGGCCCCGAUCUGUCCUAUCUGGACAGCCUCAACCCAGCUCAACUGCAGGCGGUAACCUACCCGAAAGAUAACCCUCUCCAAAUAUUGGCUGGUCCGGGAUCGGGAAAGACCAGAGUGCUCACGGCCAGGGUCGCUUACCUCGUGCAUUACUGGGGAUUGAAGCCGUAUGAGAUCACCGCUGUCACUUUCACGAACAAGGCAGCGCAGGAGAUGAGGAAAAGGUUGAACGUACUGUUAGGAUCUGGUACCGCGUCUCGGCUCAUUCUAGGUACUUUCCAUGCUACUUGUGCGGGUUAUCUGCGAAAACACGGACAGGUCAUCGGUUUACCGAAUAAUUUCGCUAUUAUGGAUGCUGAGGAUGCCAAGAAAGUGAUAUCAGGCCUGCUCAAACCGAUGUCUGCCGACCUCAAAUCCCGGUAUAUUUCGCUAAAGGAUGGGCAGGUCAUGAGCGAGAUCUCGAAAGCAAAGGCACAGGAGGAAUCUCCGGAACGUUUACGAGCGAGAGCAAAGGCGUUGGGCAGCAAAGGCGAGAUCUUGUCGAUCAUCGCUGAUAUCUACCAAAAGUACGAGGAGACAUUACGGUCGGCCGAUUCUCUCGACUUCGACGACCUCUUGGUAUUCGGCCUCAAGCUCUUCCGAGCCGCCCCGAAGAUCCUCGAGGACUGCAAACACAUCCUCGUGGACGAGUUUCAGGACACCAAUACCACUCAAUACGAGCUGAUGAAGCUGUUCUGCAAGUCGUAUAAGUGUGUGACGGUCGUAGGGGACCCGGAUCAGAGCAUCUACGGUUGGCGUUCAGCUAAUAUCGAGAACCUAGAUCAUAUGAAGCGAGAUUUCCCUACAACCGAUGCCGUUCACUUGGAAGAGAACUAUCGAUCGACUGGGGCAAUUUUGGCGGCCUCGUUGGCAGUGGUCCGGCAAGACAAGAAACGCGCGAACAAGGGACUCUUCACUUCCCAUGGUACUGGAUAUCCUGUCACGCUCAGAAGCCAUUCCGACCCAGAAAAAGAGGCUCACUACAUCGCCGAUGAGAUCAGGCGGUUGAUCGCACAUUCGGGAAACAUGCUUGGUCAUGACGAUUUCGCCAUCUUACUCCGGUAUAACGCUCUUUCCAGACCAAUUGAAUUGGAACUACAAAAACAGCAGAUUCCAUCUCGGCUCAUCGGUGGUCACAAGUUCUUUGAGCGAGUCGAGGUCAAGGAUCUGUUGGCAUACCUGCAGUUGGUGGACAAUCCAAACUACUAUCCGGCGUUCGCGCGUGUUGUAAACGUGCCGAAGCGCUCCAUAGGCGACAAGUCUAUCGAAGACAUACAAGCACAAGCGAGAAAGCAGAGCAUCACAAGCAUGGAGCUGUGCGAAAGAAUUGUGGAUGGCGAAACUGUUGCUGGUCUCAGAGCAGGUAUCAAGAAGAACCUCGUCCCUUUCGUCAAAGCUGUACGAGAACUGAGAGUACAUGCCAAGAAGGGAACGGAUGUCGCCGAGUUGAUCAAACUCUUGAUUGAAAAGAUCAGCUACGAAGAUCAUCUGCGCAAGACGCAGGAAGACUUCGACUCCAGGUGGGAAAACGUACAGGAAUUGAUAUCGUACGCGGUCAUUGUGGCAAACGAGCAGUCCAAUGCUCUACAGUUGCCGGACGUCGAGCUGGAAGGGUUUGUGUCCGCCAAAACCGUAGUGAUCGAAGAAGAGGAAGACGUGAAGCCGGUCCUGCACCCCAUUUUCAGUCGAUCGGUCAGCUCGUCGAGUAGCGAAGCCAAACCGACAGUCAAGAAGAACAGCAACACGAAACAAACCAAAGCCAGAAAGGAACACGUGUUUGAGGUGGCAGACCCUGGCUUGGAGCUGGAAUACGACGAGGAAGAUGAGGAUUUUGUUCUACUCGAUAACAUUGAUAAGCAGCCGACAACCGAGGCUAUCUCUGGUGGUAUCGAUGUGAGGCAUACUCCACUGAGAGUCUUUUUGGAAGCAUCGAUGUUGUCCACAGAUACUGAAAGCAAAGAUGAUGCCAAUAAUACUCCUAAAGUCACGAUCACGACAGUACACGGCGCCAAAGGCCUCGAAUGGCCUGUGGUCUUUCUACCAUGUCUGGAGGAUGGGACAUAUCCAUUCUACCGUAGCACAGAAGAGGACGAGAUUCGGGAAGAAAGGCGUCUGCUUUACGUCGCAAUGACGCGAGCUCAAGCUGCUCUGGUGCUAAGCCAUUCCGCAAGGCGUAUGCUCGGAGGUCAAUACCAGGACAGGACACUGAGUCCUUUCGUCGUCGACGCUCAGAAAACGUCUCCUGUUAUGUUCAAGUCCCAGGGACCAGCCUUGUCGGAUCAAAACAGAGACCUGUUCUCCACGCUGCUCGGUAGAUCGCCAGUGUUGCCGGAAGACGCUCAGGCAGCGAUUCGAGCAUACAUGCCAACAGAGCCGCCACAGUCCGGCAAAGCCUUCCGUGGCGGAACCGAUCAAAUGUUCUGGUUCAACAGUCAUAAGAAAGAAAGCAGAGCCACAGAAUACUGGUCGUCAGAACAGGACGAGUAUGCUUUGCCACCCAUGCAAGGGGAUGCCGCACGCAAAGCCAUGGCCGUGCCCACGGAGGAACGCUUCGAACCCCACGGAACCGGUUUCAUGUCAGCCCGAAGUCGGCUGUUGGACAAUGUGGCUGCACGACUAGGCGACAACCCUCGAUUCUCGACACCGACACCUAGUACAGACAAGCCACGGAAUUAUCGAACUUCGUCUGCGACCGGCACCUCUCUCAGGGCAAAGAUGGAGUAUGAUGAGAAAGUCAGCCUCGAUUUCGGUCAAGGUGGCGAUAUGACCGCGGCAGGUGGCAGUUCCAAGACCGACUUUAAAAACGCCAACAAGCAAUCGCUGAAUGCAAUGAAAAAUGUCGGGCUGCCACCCCCUAUCACGAGCCUUUGGAAAGAAGAACCUACCGGCGGCCCUUCAAUCGGGGUCAACAACUUUCAGAGCGCUUCUUCAAGCUCUCUAGCUAUGAUGAAGAACUUGGGAAUCCCCGAACCCAGCGCCAAUGCUGACCCAGUACGGAAGGCUGGAAGUGGCAACAAACGGCUAGGCGUAGGACGAACGAUGGCGCCUUGGGGUGCCAAGAAGCCUCGAAACGAUUGAGAUGAGCUUACGAAAUGAAACGACCCUCAUGAUCGCCACGAAUGUUCCAGUGUAAAUCUACGAUUACGGUAUCGCAUCACAACGCA